AUGACCAGUCACCCCCAGAUCCCCACUCCUGCCCAUACGCAAGCUGAGUCAAUGCUGUCUCGACAGUUUGGGAGAGAAACCGUAAACUACUUCUCCAGCUCGCCUCUAAACCGGCUCUCGUUCCUACGAACCGAGCAUGCUUUUCUUUCGGCAGCUAUCAGGCAUCCUUCCACUCGCUUCGUACUUCUGAAGGAUCUUGCACCCCUUACAAAGUCUCCUUCUGAAUUGUACUAUGCUCACUAUAAUGAAGUCGAAAAGCUUGUUCCUGAGACGAUCUAUGAUAAGACAGAAGAGGAGACGAUCAAGGAAUAUGACUCUCGGAAAACCACCGCGCAGCUAAUCUUCCUUGGACUGGACGAGAGCCGUAAGCAAGAUGGGCUCGCUUGGAAGAUCUAUACCGGUGCUCCUUUCUUUGCUCUCGACGUAACCCCUAAGGGAGAUGAAGAGCAACAGACCAAUUCCAAAGCUGUGAUUAGUGCUAUGGAAGAAAAAGGAUUGAGUUUCUUCCAGUCGAGAGUGGUCAUGACCUUUUCAGCUGACGAAGCUGCCAUUUACGCCCAGUCUCGCGCUCUCAUGGACUGGAACAACCGCAAUAGCUUCUGUGGCACCUGCGGUCAUCCUACGCUCUCUGUAAAUUCUGGUACCAAGCGUGCCUGUCCACCUACAGACGUUGCCCGUGUCGCGGAGGGAAAAUCAGCCGAACGACCAGCCUGCAACACGCGCACUACCCUUUCCAAUCUGUCCUUUCCACGUACCGAUCCAACAAUCAUUGUGGCGGUUCUUUCAACCGAUGCCAGGCGGGUCCUGCUUGGUCGCUCAAAACGCUAUCCGCCUAACUGGUAUUCAACUCUCGCCGGUUUCAUCGAGCCAGCAGAGUCGGUUGAAGACGCUGUCCGGAGGGAGGUGUGGGAAGAGGCGGGCGUUACUCUAUCCCGUGUCAUUAUUCACUCAUCCCAACCUUGGCCCUAUCCAGCAAAUCUCAUGAUUGGAGCAAUCGCACAGGUUAGCGAUCCUGCUCAUGAAACGAUCAACCUAAGCCACGAUCCUGAGCUGGAAGAUGCGAAAUGGUUUGACGUCGAGGAAGUCGAGGAGGCUUUAAGAAUAGGGGUAAGUGCGUUGGGUGAUAAGGCUGGUCCGGAGUACAAAGAGGGGGGGUUGAGGCUUCCGCCGCCAACUGCUAUCGCGAAUCAAUUGAUCAGAGCUGCUGUCAACAUGGAUCUCUUGGCAGGAGACAAGUGUUCUAAAAUGUAG